CCACUUCCUUCGCCGAAAGCGCCGUUGUAAGUAGCGGCAGGCUGGUGGUGAUACAGCGCGCGGGAGGAGCGAAUCGGUUGGCGGUGGUAGGCACCCGGUCUGUCGCACGAGGAGGAGGGGGAGGUGCGGCGCACGUUUUUUUACCGCUCGACUCGACGGCCCGCGGACCGCCUGAAGCAGCAGCAAGCACCACCACCACCGCCACAACCACCACCACUACCACUACAAGGCGCUGGCUGCCGCUGCUGUUGUGGCUGCAGUUGUUGUGCUUGGGCUGUAUGCAGCGCGAAAGGCCGUGCAGCGUCGGAGAGCGGCGGCGACAUGGAAUUUUACAAGUGCGCUUUGGUUUGGGUGGUGUCGGCAUGGGCGGACUACUCUUGCGGCUGGGGUGGCGGCGCCUGGGUGCAGGCCGACCCGGACACCCGGCCCGCCGUGCGGGAGACGGCGUACGGGAAGGUGCGAGGCGUGGUGCACACCUUGCCCUACCUGCAGGAUCGUCAGGUGGAGCGAUACCUGGGUGUGCCGUUCGCCCGACCGCCCGUGGGAGAUCUUCGGUUUGAGAAGCCACUACCGCCGUUGCCAUGGAAUGGUGUCAAGGAAGUGACGUCACUGCGGAAGGCCUGUCUUCAAACCAGCUGGGAGCUCAGCUACGUCAGGAGCCACUUCCCAGACUUCACCAGGGAGGACAUGGACGAGGACUGCCUGUACCUCAACAUCUAUGUCCCAGUCCAUACGGUGUCCGGAGAAGGUGGACUUCCGGUGCUGGUGCACGUGCACGGCGGCUCCAACGAGGAGGCCAUGGGGGGCAUGCUGCACGCCGAUGUCCUGGCUGCCCUCGGCGACAUCAUCGUCAUCACCUUCAACUACAGACUUGGUGCCUUCGGUUUCCUGAGUGGCGAGAGCAAGGAUUUCCCAGGAAAUUACGGGCUGCAUGACCAGACGAUGGCACUCCACUGGGUGGCGAAAAACAUCCACUGGUUCGGCGGCGACCCCACGAAGGUCACCAUUGAAGGCCACAGCGCAGGCGGAACUGACGUCGGACAGCACGUGUUGUCUCCCCUUUCGAAAGGUUUGUUUCGUUACGCCAUCAUGCAGAGUGGAUCCCCGCUAGCUUACUGGGCGCUCCUCCAUCCGCCGGCCACCACAGUGGAGUCCACAAAAUCCUUCGUCAAGAACCUGGGCUGCACCCGCACCCACGAUAUGGCUUUGGUCAAGGAGUGUCUCAAAAAGAUAGAUGCAUGGUACAUAAACAAUGCCUUUUACAAGCACGCGCCGGGUCUGUACAACUACUCGCCAGUGGUGGACGGUGAGUUCAUCCUGGCGCCACCUGAAGAAGCUCUGAUGAACCUGAGUCUCAACGGACAGGCCUUCAUGACAGGCAUCACACAGGACGAGGGUUCGCUAACUACUGAGGUCGUGCUGAAGUCGGCCGAGAAGGUCAACCAGCAGUUCCGCUUCGACGAAGACUACCCCAAGGACUACACUCCUCCACCCGUGCAGGCCUUCAGUAUGAUCCCUGGCAUCGAACACCUGGUGUUUCACGAGUACAAACCAUGGCAUGACCCUGACAACAAGACGGCCAACCUCGUCGGCUUUUCCCACGUGGUUGGAGAUUCUACCUUCGUUGCACCUGCCAUCAAGUUGGCCCGACUGUUGUCCCGGAGGUCCAAGGCCGUCUUCUUCUACACAUUCAACCACGUGUCGGCUCUCUCCAGUCACCCCCUGUGGAUGGGUGUACCUCACGGCGUGGAUCUGUUCUACCUGUUCGGCUGUCCUCUCAGUGGCCAUCCCAUGCACCAGUAUGACGAGCUGGACAAAAAUGUCAGUCGCACCUUCAUCGACCUGUGGGCCAACUUUGUGAAGCACGGGUACCCCUUCCUGUCAUCGAGGCCCCAGGAACCCUUCCCGGCGUUCGAGGACCGGAACCAGUCCUACUUCAUGGUGGCCAGCACGCAUGCGCAGGCGGAUAUUCGCGUCGGGCGUCGCCUGCGGUCGCGGCAGGUGGCCUUCUGGAACAAUCUGCUGCCUAAGCUGCGCCGACAGGACGCGCCCCCUGGCGGCCUGGCUCCGGGCAACGCCGUGGCCUGGGUGUUCGUGGCGCUGUCCUCCGUUCUCCUCGUCGUCGUCGUCAUCUUGUCGUUGUGCGUGCUGUACUUCAAGAAACUGGCGCGGGACCGGUGCAUCGUGCACGCUAACGACGAAAAAUCGACAUCUUAGUCUAGAAUAUGGCAAAUGAUUUUUGUUUUUGUUGUUGUUUCCUUCUUCCCUUAUUUUAGUUUUAUAAGGGGGAAGGGCGAAGGUUGUCUUGGAUUGGUUAGUUUUUAUUUUUGUUAUUUUUAUUGAAAUUACCUCAGACAUGGCGGCUGUUGAUGAAAUCAGCCAAGCGCGGUUCAUACUGCCGUUUCUUCUGACAGUUGAAAAGGUUUCUUUUUUUUCCAUAUCAGAGUUGUUGCUCAGUGAACAUUGGACUGUGUCAGUCACUGCUUGUGUUGUUUUCACCCUUGUUUAUGUUUACACCACAUAAGGUAGUAAUGAGAUGACUGAUCAACUCUCUCUGUCCCCAAACCUGUACCGUGAUUUGUUUGUGUGCGUACACGAUUCACUCGUUUUCACCUGCACACCUUUUGAAAUCUGUUGCUGCACAUGUAAUGAGUUUAUUAUGCCGACAACCUGUAGGUGUUAGCAUUUCAGCACAAUGGAGAUUACAUCUACUAUUAUACUCACAACAAACAUGCUGACACCAAAUAAGUUUGUGUUUCUGAUAUGAGUAACUGCGCAUUGUCAGGCAUUGAACUAGUUCAGUUUGUUUGUGCUCAGUGCUAUUUACAAAUAGAAUACAAAUACAAAACAUCUUUAUUAAUUCUUUUUAGGAAACUGUUUGUCUACUAUUACUGUAUAUGAAACAUCCGACAUGACAUGAUACCUCAAGCAUGACAUUAAUUAUAAAAACAAAAACAUUAAGACUGGGCGGUCGUUGACCUCAGCCCUCUGUAUAUUCAAAGUGGUUUUGUACAUAUUGCAUUGCCCUGCAUUUUUUCUUUCUUUGUUUAAUGUAAUGUAAAUCCUCCAGACUGUAAGCAGGAUAUCACCGUUACUUAUUGUUUUCUAAUGAUUAUAAUGUAACAAUGUCUGAGAUAAAAUACUAUGGGACUGACUUGGAUAUGCUCAAAUAAAAGAUGCUAUUUACAUAAA